CGGCGGCACGAAAAAUAAUGUCGACGCAGUUUCGGUAAAUGAACAUUGAGUGGAAAGUAGAUUGAUAAUAAGCAUAUUUGGUUAUGUAAAAAAAAGUUUAUCUUACCGAUCGAGAUUGACUGCAUGGUUCGCAUUUUAGCCAAUAGUAGCGUUGCAAGUCUUCGGAAUGCUGUGGUAUUUUCAAUCUUUAUUUACAGCACUGUGUGUUGUCGAAAUAUGCGGUUUCACCGGUAAAGUGUGCAACGGUGGUUUGGCGCGCUUUGUCGCCCUAAGAACAAUGGAUGAGCUCUGCCCGUUGUGCUUAAAAAUGGGGAAUAACAAAAGGAUUAAGGCUAUACAAAUUAAUUUAGAGGAAGCUGUCUGGACGUGCGAAAAUGAAGGAUGUCCUUGGCCUUUUGGAUAUGAAACACCAGUUUUUUUGCCUCGAAAAGUGGGUGUCAAGCACUCAAGCGAAUGGGAAGUUUAUAAAAAAGUACAAAAACGUGUUGGACCAAUUCCAAUAUCAACAGAACUAUCUCUUUACACACCACCCGUAACUCCGAGCUCGGAUACUACAAUAAAGGAAUCCAUAAAGUCAGAUUUUUCAGGAGAAACAAAUAUUAAUGAGCACAUGAGUCAAUUGGGAAACAUUUUGGGAUGCACAGAUGAUUCGUACGCCCCAAAAUCAAAUCUUCGUGAAGAUCAUACAGUUGAUGAAAACAAAAUAGGGACGCAAGCGUUGAACGCUUAUGUUGAAAAUCAGAUCACAAAUAUAUGUGCAGCAUCUCAGAAACCUCCGAUAGCACAGAGUAUAUUUGACAUAGACAGUAAUGAUUUACUAAGCGACGAGUUUAAGAUUGAGGAUUCUUUCAGUAAGCUAAUUAAGUCGGAUCUUCAAUUAGCUUUAUUGAAAACGCCAGACAUAGAAGAUUUUCAAAAACCUGUACCUACAGUAUUAGAAAAGUUUGGUAAUAAAGUCAACUCGGAGGAUUUAAAACUCAAAGUAAAGACGGAAGCACUCGACGUGGGAGUGGAGAGAGAUAGCGAUGUGACGAAAACAAUGCCUCAAGUAAAAAAAAUCUCAAAAGCGAAUAUUGAUUUGCACAUGAUUGAUCGUCGAAGAAUCAUGGCUGUGAGAAGAUCGGUAGAGACUGAAGAAAAAGAUGGACCAAAAAAGAUCGAAGAAAAAGUAGUUGAAAGGUUAAAAACGAAAGAUUCGCCGAUACAAAUCGACAGCAAAGAUCAGAAAGCUGACGUCUUAACGAAGCAACAAACUUUAGAGAAUACACAAAUUGUCAAACACACAACCACUAUUACCGUUGAUGGAUCACUUCCGAUUACGUUGACCUACGAUUUGACGGAUUUUGAGGAAAAACCCGCAGUCAGAAUCCCUGACGUGAUCAAGCCAAUUGAUGAAAAUGCGAUGAAUAAUUCUCAGGAAGAGGAGCGAAAGACGUCUGCGGAUUUGCCCGUUGAAUUAGUAACAAAGCGAAUCCGACCACCGAUCAAACGUCGAGCAGCGUCGACUGGCAAGUGCUACGAAAAAUUCAGUUUCGGUGCGUUAAAAAAAUGCGAAAAGAAAAGAAGUAUAAAAGACUGCGACAGAUCAAGCGACAUGAUCAUUUCGUCGAAUAAAGUAGAAAAAUUAGAAGAAAUAGAAAUCGUUAAGGAUGAAAAUUGUUCGAUUGGUGCUCUAGCUGAAUUGGUGGACGACGGAAUUUCUCGUGCAUCGAGCCAACCCGUCGAAAUGGUCGAUUUGAGCAACGUCGAUCCAACCAACUUAAAAACAUUAGGUGACGACUCUAUCGCUGAAAAUUUCAAUCUCAGCGUUCUGGAUGAUCUUUUGAUAGACGGUUACCAAAACGCUACGGCGAACCUUAAUGAAGAAUGGCUAGAAUCCUUUUUCAGUGAUUUAGAUACGUAAACUUGGAGAAAUUAAGUCAAAGUUCAAUAACAAUGGUUUUAGAGUUUGAGUUACGGAGGUGCCAUAAAAUUUAUUUUUUUUUCUCUUACGCAGAAUCCGAUAUUUAUUUAUAUUUUCGGAAGAAAUCGUUCACAAAUCCAAAAACUUCAUGGUCAAACAGUUGUCAAAAAAGCGUUUUCAGUUGUCAGAAUUGUCAAUAUGCAGCCAGUUUAUUUUUUUAUAGCUUGACAAUAAUGACAACUCCAAGCGAAAUUUCCUACGCAUGAGAAUAUUUCGUCCAAGUUUCUGUAUAAAUAUCAAAUGAUUAAAAUUCGGUU